AUGUCCCAAGAGGAUCUGCGAAACGCCAUCGUCCAACUCACGAAUCUCGUCGCGAAGCAGCAGCAGCAGAUCGAAAAUUUAGCAAAUCGAACUUUUUCGACGGCGGCUAGCGGAAGCGAGAAGACAAUCGAGUCGUUGGCAAAUGGAAUCCAAGAUUUCCUGUACGAUCCGGACGCAGGAGUUUUCUUUGAUGCAUGGUACGCUAGAUACGAAGACGUCUUCAUUCAGGAUGGUCAUUCUCUCGACGAUGCCGCCCGUGUGAGAUUGCUUCUACGCAAAUUAAGCACCCCUCUGCACGAUAAGUACGUGAACACUAUUCUGCCAAAGCAUCCUCGCGAUUUCUCUCUGGAUGAGACCGUUACAAAACUGAAGAAGUUGUUUGGUCGCCAGAAGUCGUUACCAGCCCGUUACCAGUGCUUGCAGUACGCCAAGAGUGACGCGGAUGAUUUUACUUCGUAUGCUGCCAUGGUCAACAAACACUGCGAAGCGUUUCAACUUUCCAAGCUCACGUCAGAUCAAUUCAAAGCUCUCCGAUUUGUCUGUGGACUCCAAUCGCCACGGGAUGCGGACAUCCGAGCUAGAUUGAUUUCGAAACUGAAAGCUGAUGAAUCUGCAGUUGUUGAACAAGGAGAAGCUGCAAGUAAGGUGACUUUGGACAACCUGGUGGAAGAAUGUCAUCGUGUGGCCAACCUUAAGCAUGACUCGCAGAUGGUGGAAAACAAGGAGGCUUGCUCCGUCAACGCCAUUUCGCGCAACCAGAAUCAUUCUUGUUCGAAGAAGACCAACAAAGUGCCCAAGACACCCUGCUGGAAAUGUGGGGAACUGCACUACGUUCGUGAAUGUCCGUUUGCAUCGCACAUGUGUACUAGAUGCAAGCAGCAAGGACAUAAAGAAGGCUACUGUUCAAGCAGUAAGCCCGCUGCAUCCAAGCCUUUCAAGCAAUGGAAGCCCAAAGAGAGCAUGAAGACGAAUGGCAUUUACACUGUUCGCAACGUCGGAAGAAAACGCAAAUUCGUCUCGGUCGAGCUCAACGGGGUAGCAGUCAAGCUUCAGCACGACUCGGCGUCCGACAUCACCAUCAUUUCGAACGAAACAUGGGCUAGCAUCGGACGACCACCCACUCAACCGACCGAUGAAUCUGCUGUCACAGCGUCUGGUAGUGAUUUGAAUCUCCUCGCAGAGUUUCAAGCCGACAUCACUAUUAACAACGUGACCAAGACAGGGCGCAUUUUCAUCUCUGAUAGCGCCGAUCUCAACGUUUUGGGAAUCGAUACUAUGGAUCUAUUUGAUCUGUGGUCCGUACCGAUUAACAGCUUGGUCAACGUCGUACAUCAAAACUCUGACCAAUACGUUGAUCGCCUCAAGCACCAGUUUCCGGAGAUCGGUUUCCUUGGAUUGAUCGUCGACAAGGACGGUGUUCGGCCUGACCCGUCCAAAACAGAAGCCAUUGCCAAGAUGCCACCCCCGAAGGACGUGAAGCAACUUCGCUCCUACCUCGGAGCUAUCAACUAUUACAGGAUGAAGCACCUCAGGGCUCCCCUGGAUGACCUGCUGAAAAAGGAUGCUCGCUGGAACUGGACAAAAGAGUGUCAGAAAUCUUUUGAGCAGUUCAAGACCAUUUUACUCUCCGACCUGCUGCUUACUCACUAUGACCCAUCUAAGGAGAUCAUCGUCGCGGCAGACGCAUCGAAGUAUGGUCUAGGCGCUGUCGUCAUGCAUCGUUUCCCCACCGGUGAGGUGAAGGCAAUCGCACAUGCUUCUCGCUCACUGACGGCAGCGGAAAUGAACUAUGGCCAAGUGGAAAAGGAAGCAUUGGCGUUGAUAUUCGCUGUCACCCGUUUCCAUAAGAUGCUGUACGGACGGCAUUUCACUCUCGAAACCGAUCAUCAACCGCUACUCAAAGUUUUCGGCUCGAAAAAAGGAAUACCAGUUUACACAGCCAAUCGUCUGCAACGAUGGGCUUUGACACUUCUCCUGUAUGACUUCGAGAUCAAGCACAUCUCGACGAUGAAUUUCGGCUACGCAGACUUCCUGUCCCGGCUGAUGUCGUCACAGCGCAGACCAGAUGAGGAUUACGUCAUAGCUGCCGUCUAUGUCGAAUCCGAAGCAAAGGCGAUUCUCGAAGACUCCAUCAACAAUCUGCCAGUCACACAUCAGAUGAUUGUGGCUGAGACACGUAAGGAUGCUGUUCUGCAGCAAGUGAUUAGUUACAUCAAUGAAGGAUGGCCAGCAAGCGUGAAGCUAAUCACCGAUCCUGAUGUGAAGAAGUUCUUCGUCAGACGUGAGGGACUUCAAGUCGUCGAUAACUGCGUCAUGUUCGGCGAUCGAAUCGUCGUCCCAUCAAAAUUCCGGAAGCGAAUCGUCCGCCAGCUACAUCGUGGGCACCCAGGAAUGGAGCGGAUGAAGUCUCUGGCUCGCAGCUACAUUUACUGGCCGAAUGUUGACGACGAUGUGGCGCAAUUCGUUCGUCAGUGCGAUGCAUGUGCUGAAGCAGCGAAGGCUCCGACGAAAGCAACCCUGGAAUCAUGGCCUCUUCCGGACCGGCCGUGGCAACGAGUACACGUCGAUUUCGCUGGCCCAAUCGACGGACAUCACUAUUUCGUGAUUAUCCAUCACCACGACAACAACUUUGGACCUGCUUCGUGA